UCUCUCUCCUUGGUCGACUCUCGGCUUUUCUCCGAGGUGAGUCGGGCCGUUAGUGUCGUUGUCGUAGGAGAGAAUGGUAGUAAUGCGUAUCGCGGAGUAUCGUGCACCCUGAAGGACGUCCUCAUCCUCGAGAAGUAGUACUCCCUCGUCCUCUUCUUCCACCAACCGACCCACGAUCGCCCGGUGUACCACGCACGAUCGUGAUCCAGAAAUUCCGUUGACCGAGUUCGCGUCCGAUCCUCUUCCGAAGGAUUAUCUCGCGAAGGCUGGACCGAUUCGCGAACGGUUCGUGACCUGUUUCGUGCGAGUCUCAUAUCUUUCUCUCGGCAUCUCUCUGUUACGCUCUUCCUCCCUCCCUCUUUCUUCCUUGUUCCUUUUAGUCCACGGAUGCUCGACAACCUCGAGGACGACGACGACCUCUGUUCCUCAGCAUCGUAGCUCUUCUUCUCAGUAUCGUCGCAAGUGGUGCCUUGUGAGGUGAACGUAACGGAGCGUGGAGUGUGGUCGAUAAAGGGAAAUCGGUAGAAUAUAAGAAAGAAGAGGAAGAGGUUGACGAAGAAAAAGAAGAAGAGAAAGAAGAAGAAAAAUAAGAAGAAGAAGAAGAAGAAGAAGAGGAUACCAAGAUGCCCUGUUCCGCGGUGACGCUGUCCCUCGCGACCAUAACCGGUAUCAUUGCCACCGGCCUCCUCGCGAUCGCCUUUUCCACCGACAACUGGCUCUACACCGAGGUCAAGCGCGCCCAAAUCCAGCAAUAUGCAGCCAAGCAUGCCGAGCAGAGCCACUUGGUGGAGCAAAUGAACACGAAGUACUAUUACUACACGAGGACGCAGGGUCUCUUCAGGAUAUGCUAUCCCAAAGAAAGGCCGCCCACUGUUCAGACGUAUCUGAGCCCAGUGGAGACGCACUGCAUGAACGUAAACUACUUCAUCCCCGACGAGGAGAAUCUGACGAGAGGUUUCUCCGAUGAUGCCAUGACUCGACUUCACAUGGGCAGAUCAGUGAUAGCACUGUUUAUAGUAGGAUUCGUCGCGAUCUUCACUGCCUUCUGGACAGGGGUAGUGGGCUGCUGGAAGAGGUCGCCUGGAAACAUCACGGCGACCGCGAUUUUGAUGCUGCUCGCAUGUCUACUAAGUGCUAGCGCGAUGGGACUCUGGCACGGGGUUGAAUACUACGAGAAAGAGAAAAUCGUCGGCGAAGAAUACUACCAGCAAUGGAGCAACGUCCUGAAGGACAACUCACUAAUCUCGUACGACUGGUCGUACGUGGUCGCUUGGGUCGGCGUCGGUUGGUCGUUGGUCAGCGCGAUCUUGUUUAGCGCCGCGGCGAUUUGCUUGAGGGGCGAGAGAAUGCGCGAGGAGGCGAUGAACAUGCAGUACCUCAUGCCUGUAUACCCACAGAAGCAACAAUACGCGUACGCUGGAUACCCGGCUCCUGCGGCGUAUCCAGGACCGUAUUAUCAUGGAUCGCAAUACGGACCAUACAACUACUGAAGUGGAUCAUCAUCAUCAUCAUCAUCAUGCGCUGACAGAGGAAAGAGUCUCGAGGAGCCCAUGAACGUGCUCGAAACGAACAAAAUGGUAUCCGGCAAACGACGUUUCCCAGGGAAACGAUAAAACGAUAAAUAUAUAAAUAUAUAUAUAUAUAAUAAAUACGAUGGAAACGAACGAGGCACAAUAACUUAACAGCCAAGACUCUGGAGCCCGAUUCAAACCGAUUCCCGCGCGAACGAAGAAAAUGGGAAUAUAACUAAGACGACCUUAGGUCCCGCCCUAGACAUAAUUUAUCAUCAUUUAUCUUAGAUCUAGUUACUUUACGGACAUUCUGGUGCGCACACUGGCGGGACCCAUGAUCGUCGACGCGCCUUUCUCGCUCGGCGGGAAUCCCGUUUGGCACGUGAUCGUUUCGAAACGGCAUUCAGUUCGACUCACGAAAGAGACAGUUGCUCAAAAAGGCCGCGUUAUUACCUAGAACUGAGAUAAUCUUAUACAGGGGAUUGCCUGUAGUUCAUAGUGCGAAGCAUGCCAAUGAUUUGUGGCGUUAGUUAUCGUUCUUGAUGUAAACAACAACAACCGCUCGCUCGCCGUUUUAAUAUACUACAAUAUUACCGUAUCCGAUGAUUAUCUUCGUUUCUAUUGAAUGAUCCGCUGCGUUAAACCCAGCACCGUUAUUACCGCAAUACUUUUUACUGGAAUCCGUAGCUCCUUUAAUAAAUCGUUUGAUAAUUGCUAAUAUCCGCAGUUACGACAGUCACGUGGUUUUGUUUACCUCGAGCCUAUCAUUGAGAGGCACUGCACCAUGAAUUAUAGUCCGCUCUGUAUAUAUAUAUAUUUUUCCAAUUUAAUAAUUGUAUUGUAUUAUUCUCCGUAUGUGCUGACCGUGCUAGGACAAUAAUAAGAUAGUUAAUGGUAUUACUGAUAAUGAUAAUAAUAACUAUAAUGAUAACAGUGUUUCGAACGUGGAGCAGUUAAUUGAUCGUUUGAUUGGCUACGUGAUCUUUCUCAAUUGAACAGGAAAUGUUCAAUGACAAUGCAAUUAAAUAACCAUUAAUAUCCAAGCCGUUGAUUUUCUAAUGCGAUUCGUUUUAAGGUAUCACGUUUUUCGUUUGGCAACACUGCUCAAAUAAAACGUCCUAUUCUCUGUUUUACAAGUUUAUAUGCGCGCGUAGAGCGUUCGUUGAUUCGACGAUGUAUGGCAAUUAAUAUUAAAGUGAAAUCAAUGGUUGACAGUUGAAUGCUGGGUACGAUUAGAAUGAGAAGAUCAAGAAGAAAGUGUGUUUUGUAUCGCGGUGAAACUUUCGUUUAUCGAUCCGAGUCGGAUCGAGUAGAAAUCAUCGUUAGAAAAAUUCGGCAACAUGGUGCAAGAGAAAUAUCCGUCAGUCAGUUCGGAUGGCAGAAAGCGUAUAAUGGGUGCAUCGUUUCAUUCGCAAAUAUUUCGUAUCAUAUAAACGAUUCGCGUCAUCGACUCGCUAGAUUUUCUAACGUGUAGAUUCUCUCUGUCUUUCUCCCCCUCGUUUCUUUUUUUAUAAUAACGACAAUUUGUAAGACAUCUUAUUGCGGUUUUUUUUACGUAAGGUAUUAACCUGUUAAACGGGUAAGCUCUAUGAGCAUGAACGAACAUGUACGUACAAUAAAUGCGUCAAUAAAGAUAACAUACUCGAGCGAACAAGUGUCCAAGUUUAGGCCAACGAGAAAACAAGAAAAUUGAUAAAUUUAACGCAACACGAACGACGAGUUAACUCGUCUUCCCCGGUUAACAGGUUAAGGAAAAAAAGAGAUGAUUCAGUUACUUUAUAUACACAUAUCACUUUGAGCAAAUAAAUUAAAUCGGACUUGAACCUCUAUUCUCCGUCUUACGUUCCGUUCAUCGAUGUAACGUUCGAAUUGUCGGACCGUUAUCGUAAGUUAGGCGAAUUAAGAGUACCCUAAAUAAAUAGGAAGGGUUACAUCGAUCACGUGGAUGUGUAUUCAAAAUGGCGACGUUGAUUUAAGUAGUACAAUGGAUGCUUCGUGGUAUUCAGUCGACCACGAAUCUGCGAGAACGCUUGACCAUGUACAACAUGUUUUUAAAAAUUUUUCUGCUUUUCAUUGGACCGUUUGUAGUUAAUUCGAACACUGUUACACGAACGUUAUUCCGGAAUGAGAAGUACUACCACAGACCAAUUACAUUAUCAAGAAGUCAGAUACAUAAGUUGGCGGAUCUGUCAAAUGUCACGCAUAUGAAUGAGGUUUUAGAUAACAUAUGCGUUGUGAGAAUUGUCGGCACUCCUGAACACUUAGGAGUAAAGAAU